AUGGGCCAUACUACUACAUUUUUUUAUCUGGAGCGCACCAUAAAGACCGGUAAAACUGUCCGGCAAUUCAACAGAGAGUUUGUUGCGAAACAAUUCUAUUUGUUCCACAUUUUUCAAACUUCCAAUGCAUUUGGGAAUUAUUCCGACAAUGUUAUUCCGGGAGACGUUAAAGUUUUUGAUGGAGAAAUGAGAUCUCCGACAGAUUCGGAGGGCGAUGCUGAUAUCUUGCUCCGAGUGAAGAAAACCAAAAUUCAUGGAAAACUUGACGAUUGGCUCGAGUCAACUCGAAACUCGCCAUGCAGCUGGUCCGGCAUUUUGUGCGACCACCGGAAUAGCAAGGUGAUUUCCGUAAACUUAUCGAGUUUUGACAUUUCUGGUGAUUUUCCGGCCGAUUUUUGUAUGAUCUCUACUCUUAGAUUUCUGGAUGUCUCGGAUAAUAUGUUGGGCGGAAGUGUUAGUUCUGAAUCUCUUUCUCUUUGUUCCGGUCUUUUUAGGGUCGAUCUCUCAUCCAAUUUUUUAGUCGGCAACUUACCUGAAUUUUCAUUGCCGUUCUUGAACUUGAGAACGUUGGACCUUUCAUACAAUAAUUUCUCCGGCGAUAUUCCGGCGAGUUUUGCCAACUUAAGUAGACUCCAGUUUCGGUCUCCAGAAAUAUAA